CUCGGUCGUGUGAUACUAAGGAAAUUCCUUCAAUAUGUCACAUGACAGAGAUAAAAGGCUGAAGUAGGUAGUCAACACAUGUACACGUACGUACAUACGUACGUACACAGUACAGGAUCAGCAAGAACCUCUCCUAUCACUCUUUUACGUGUAUCCACAGGUUCCAUAGUUGAGAUGAGCAAACCUCCUCGUACGUUGAAUGUUACCAGCCCUGAAGAGAUGGAAGUGGGGGAAUUCCCUGCCCCACAGCCCCUACCAACGCCCACCGUAACAGCCGCCCUGCCCAUCCAACCAAUGAUCCCUAUACCACCACCCCCAUCCACGGCCGACCUAGCCACCCUUUUCGAGUGCCCUGUGUGUUUUGACUAUGUGUUACCCCCCAUAUUCCAAUGCGAGUCCGGCCAUCUAAUAUGUACUCAAUGCAAACCGAAGGUCCUAUGCUGCCCGAGCUGCCGAGGCCCGUUAGGAGGAGUGAGAAACCUGGCCAUGGAGAAAGUUGCAGAGACUGUUCAGUUCCCGUGUAAGUACGUCCACUCAGGGUGCACUCUGAGAUUCCUGCACAAAGCCAAACGAACUCAUGAGGAUGUGUGUGAAUAUCGACCCUAUUCUUGCCCCUGUCCGGGGACCUCGUGUAAAUGGCACGGAAGUUUGGACCUUGUACUGGACCACUUACUCACAGCACACAAGACGAUUACUACUCUUCACGGCGAAGACAUUGUGUUCUUGGCCACGGACAUUAACCUACCCGGAGCAGUAGACUGGGUGAUGAUGCAGUCGUGUUUCGAUCACUAUUUCAUGCUGGUCCUGGAGAAGCAAGAAAGACACGAGGGGCAUCAGCAGUUCUUUGCCGUGGUGCAGAUCAUAGGGACAGAGAAACAGGCUGAAUCGUUUAGAUACAAACUAGAGCUGAUGGGCCAUGGUCGCAAGCUGACAUGGGAGGCAAAGCCACGGAGCAUCCACGAAGGAAUCGCGAGUGUGAUUUCCACCAAUGAUUGUCUCAUCUUUGAAACCACCAUGGCACAACUGUUUGGCGAGAAUGGAAACCUUGCCAUCAAUGUUACGAUCUUCAAAUCAUUUUUCUGAUUCAUGUUAUAAUCAUACAAGUUUCUCUUUUCUUUCCCUAGCUACCAGUAUACACCAUGCCAUCCCAUCCACCCCUCUCUUGUCAAUCUGACCCUAAAAAAUAUAAUUGUUGGAAAAAAUUAA